AUUCCGUUUGCUGGUGUAUGCCUGGACAGUUUCUCUCUCUCGCUUCGAUAGCUAAUUUCGCCGUCACCCGCCGGACAGACACGGAGGUACAGGAGCGAGGGGGAAAGUGGGAUGGUAGUGGGGGCAUCAUCGGUGUCCGGCGCCGCGGCUUCCGGAGGUACCUCUGGUACGGCUCCGCCGCGGAAGGGGAAGUCGUGCAAGGGCUGCCUUUACUACUCGUCAGUGCUCAAGUCCCGCGGCUACAACCCAAUCUGCGUUGGGAUCCCCCGUUCCAUCCCCCAAGUUCCUAACUACGUGGUGGAUGAGCCUAAGGAGGACGCGACAGCGCAGGGGCAUGAUCUCAGGCGGUUCAGGUACGGGUGCGCGGGUUACUCCAUAUUCGUGAACAGGGACGGCCAAGGUGGUGAGGGCGAGGGCAAGACGUUGUUGCCGUAUUGCAGGGGCCUCGAGUUAUUGGUGGACAGCAGAUUGGUCGAGAGAAAACCAUCCGCAGCUGAACAAGCUCCAGCACAUGUUACAAAGGAUGCAGCUACCACCCGCUCUCACCAACAAGGACAACAGAGACCUGCGAACUUGUCGAGGCAGGAAUUCUUGGAGAGGUUUAAGAAGAGUGCUGGACUGGUCGCUUCAGGGGUCGCGAAGAAUCUAAACAAAACGGCCAAUUAUAUCAAGGAAAAUAUUCAUGACAUAUUGUACCACGAUCGUCGCCCACCAAAGUAGUAGCCAUGCCGACUUGCUGAGGUAUAUCAUCUAUGCUCAAGGUUGAGAGCUGAAGAAAUGCCUUGCUGCUACUGGAAACCUUACACAAGUACUACCUGAAUCGACCCCUACUCUUGUAUUGUAGUCCCAGAACGAAGCACAGCAGCCCCAGCUCCGUCACUGAUUAUGCAAAUGGAGCCUUCCAGGAUUCCAACUUCACUCGCUUUACUUGCAUAAUCUUGUAAUUUAGGGCUGCAUAUGUACAUGCAAUUUAACUUGCUGCUUGUUUGAAGCGGAAAAUCAGAUUUCGUUUGGUGUAAUCGGAAGACGAUGAUAUUGGUUGAAUUUUGACUGAAAAUUCGAGAAACAGCAUUUCUCGAUGAAAAUACACGGUUUCUCGGUUGAGAAUGUUAGACAGCGCAGGCAGACUUGAGAAUGUUAGACAGCGCAGGCAGACGCAUCGCGUGCUGCUCGCAACAGGGGCGAUGUAUUCUCUUCAUUCAUUGGUAUUGAAUAUUGAUGGAUAUGAAGAUCUAUUUUCUUA